UCCGUAUAUAAGGGAAGGAGCAGCCUUUGCCUUUCAUCCCUCCGUUCACUUCUCUCUCUGGGCGGCAGGACUCAUCCCGCACCUCCGCAAAUCCCAGCGCGAUGCCGCUCAAGAAACCCGACCCGAGGAAGGAAGCAGCCAAAGCAGCUCCAGGCUCGGAGCCUGCCUUCGAUCCCAAGAGCGUGAAGAUUGAAUUCACGGCAGAGCAGAUUGAAGAGUUCAGAGAAGCCUUCGGGCUGUUUGACCGGACGCCUGCGGGGACGAUGCAGAUCAGCUACGGACAGUGUGGGGACGUCCUCCGCGCGCUCGGCCACAACCCCACCAACGCAGAGGUCCUCAAGGUGCUGGGCAAGCCCAAACCAGAAGAAAUGAACACAAAAAUGCUGGACUUUGAGACCUUCCUCCCCAUCCUGCAGCACUUCACCCGCAACAAGGAGCAGGGCACCUUCGAGGACUUUGUGGAAGGGCUGCGUGUCUUCGACAAGGAGGGCAACGGGAUGGUCAUGGGGGCUGAGCUGCGCCAUGUGCUGGUCACGCUGGGAGAGAAGAUGACAGAAAGCGAGGUGGAGCAGCUCAUGGCAGGGCAGGAAGAUGCCAAUGGCUGUAUCAACUAUGAAGCUUUUGUCAAGCACAUCAUGUCUGGCUGAAACGAGAAACUUCAGGCUCUCAGAAAUGCUUGAACCCACCUGAGCACCAUGAAGAGCAAGAUUCCUCCAUGCAUGUCCUUUCCCUGGGAUGUUUUGCCUAAGCCAUCAUUGGCCACCACCUGUGUGUGCCUGGGCCUGGUACUAGGUUUUAAACCUCAACUAGGUUUAAACCUCAAGUUACUCUUUUCAGGUUUUCUCUGUGAUAUUUGUCUCAUUAAAUUUCAUUCCUUCCUCCCUUAAA